AUGCAGUUCAAAUCCUUUAGCUAUCUUUUCCUCCUCACUGCUCUUCCCUCCGCACUUGCACAGAGUUUCGGGACAUGUACGGCUACGAACCAGCUCGCUGGAGAAUGUAUAAAAACCUCCACCUGCAGUGAUCAAGGCGGAGUUUCAGACCCAGCAAACCUCUGCCCUGGUGACGAUACCAUCCAGUGCUGUACUUACGGUACCUGCAAGAACGGCGCUGGUGUAGCGGGUACUUGUCAGCCAACCUCGACUUGCAAGGGUACACCAGACCCAGGCAACCACUGCCCCGGCCCGCAAAACAUCCAAUGUUGCACCGGGAAUGGCCCCAACCCACCGAGCGAUGGCGGCAAUUUGCCUGGACUUGACGCCACGCAAUCCCGCCAUGCCCGUACCAUCAUUGCAGUGGCCCGGGAGUAUGGCGUCGGCAAUCGCGGCUGCCAAGUUUCCAUCGUGACAGCAAUGCAAGAAUCCAGGAUCAGGGUCCUGGCCAACCCCUCCGUCCCCGAUUCAAACAAGUACCCCCAUGACGGCACCGGCAGUGACCACGAUUCUGUCGGGAUCUUUCAGCAGAGACCACAAUUCUGGGGUACUGUGAAGGAUUGUAUGGACCCCAAAACAAGCGCUGGCAAGUUCUUCACUGCAUUGAAGAAGGUCAACGGCUGGGAGAGGAUGGAGAUUGGAAGGGCAGCGCAGAGUGUGCAGAGGUCCGCCUUCCCUGACGCCUACACCAAGCAUACUCCGCUUGCGAAAGGUGUUUGCGAAGCCGGGGGUAUUUGA